CCCUGCCCUGCAGUAUCUCUAACCAGGAGAAUUUGAUAAGGUAGCUGAAGGGUGAUAUUACCUUUGCUCUCUUACUGCAAUUGAAAUCGUUCUUAGCUUUUAGGUGGACCCCACUGUCUACCUUGGUGAGGCAUUUUCAAGAGCAUACAAUCUUUUUCAUUAUCAAACGAAGAUGCUGUUUAAUUUGAGGAUCCUGUUGAACAAUGCAGCUCUUAGAAACGGUCACAAUUUCGUGGUUCGAAAUUUUCGAUGUGGACAACCACUACAAAAUAAAGUACAGCUGAAGGGUCGUGACCUCCUUACUCUAAAGAACUUUACAGGAGAAGAAAUUAAGUAUAUGUUAUGGCUAUCAGCAGAUCUAAAAUUUAGGAUAAAAGAGAAAGGAGAGUAUUUGCCUUUAUUACAAGGGAAGUCCUUAGGCAUGAUUUUUGAAAAAAGAAGUACUCGAACAAGACUGUCCACAGAAACAGGUUUUGCUCUUCUGGGAGGACACCCUUGUUUUCUUACCACACAAGAUAUUCAUUUGGGUGUGAAUGAAAGUCUCAUGGACACAGCCCGUGUGUUGUCUAGCAUGACAGAUGCAGUGCUGGCUCGAGUGUAUAAACAAUCAGAUCUGGAUAUCUUGGCUAAAGAAGCAUCCAUCCCAAUCAUCAAUGGGCUAUCAGAUUCGUACCAUCCUAUCCAGAUCUUGGCUGAUUACCUCACGCUCCAGGAACACUAUGGCUCUCUGAAAGGCCUUACCCUCAGCUGGAUUGGGGAUGGGAACAACAUUCUGCAUUCCAUCAUGAUGAGUGCUGCAAAAUUCGGGAUGCAUCUUCAGGCAGCUACUCCAAAGGGUUAUGAGCCAGAUCCCAGUGUAACCAAGUUGGCAGAGCAGUAUGCCAAGGAGAAUGGCACCAAGCUGUCGCUGACGAAUGAUCCAUUGGAAGCGGCUCGUGGAGGCAAUGUAUUAAUUACAGACACGUGGAUAAGCAUGGGACAAGAAGAGGAGAAGAAAAAGCGGCUCCAGGCUUUCCAAGGUUACCAGGUUACAAUGAAGACUGCUAAAGUUGCUGCCUCUGACUGGACAUUUUUACACUGCUUGCCCAGAAAGCCAGAAGAAGUGGAUGAUGAAGUGUUUUAUUCUCCACGAUCACUAGUGUUCCCAGAGGCUGAAAACAGGAAGUGGACAAUCAUGGCUGUCAUGGUGUCCCUGCUGACAGAUUAUUCACCUCAGCUUCAGAAACCGAAGUUUUGAUGGAGUGAUGUUUGUCAAGAGAGAAACAAUGUUCUUCAGUAACUGAAUGAGUCAAUUUAUGGAGGAAGAAGAGAAUCUAAGAAAUAAACAAAUCCUGAUACACAGUAUAGGUGAAUGAUAUGAUAUUACUUUAUCAUUGUGAAACCUUCCUGAAGGCCUUAGUUAAAGUGCCGAGGCACUACAGUACAUGGCUUGACUUGGUUUAAAUUCUCUAAUGCACAAUUUCUGAGUUACAUUUGGGUAUCAUAUUAAUAGUCAUAUACAUUUGCUUCAACUGAACAUAAAAUACUGUGUUCAUAAUGCAUAAUGUCUAAGCCAUUAAAUGUAAUCUAUGCUUAUUACCUUAAUAAAUUAUCACCCAUGCUAAUUUAUAAGUAAACAUUUACCAGGCAGUCAGCUGCUGGUAGAUGUGUGGGCUGUGUUCAGAUCCCCCAGGACCAACAAGGAAACCAAAUGAUCCAUCUUGCUGAUGUAGUACAAUUUUCAGGCAAAUGAAGUGGGCAGAUACUCACUUAUAGAAGCAAAUGAUGAAAUUCUCAAAAAAAACAGCUAUAACUGUGCCCAAACUCUAAGAGUUUUUUUCCGAUCAUAGGUGGGAAGGAGGAUUUUUCAAGAGCACACGUCUCUUCUCUGUAAUGAAUACUUAAUAUCAAAAGCCUAAAGAAGCCUUUGUGAACAAGUGGCAAAACCAUGGAAACCUAGCUAGGAACAUAAGAUCCAUUACAGAGUGAUAUUUUUGUAGGUUCAAAUUCUCCAGCAGGAGUGAUUUAAUUUUUUCAUGUUUAUGCUUAUCAUAUAUCUACUCAUACCACAGGCUGGAUGUUUCUAUAAAUCUACUGCUUGCCACAUUUCAAUCCAUUCUUUUCUCUCCAACUUUUGUUCAGGAAAAUAAAAAUUUGCAUUACUGGAUUAUUAUAAUGUAAUUAAAGCUACAUACUUUUGUGGGUGACUGAAA